AUGAAAGGUUGCCAAUUACGAUUAUCGUCGUCUUUGAAUAUUAAAGCAGCAGUGCAGGUGCACGGAUAUGAACAGUUAGACAAUGGUGAUUGUCGAGUAUCAUACACAUGCUCUGGAAUUGGUCAUCAUCCUUCAGCUCUAACCUGUUUAAAAGCAGUACCAAGUACAAGUGUGUUCAAAACCACCCUUGGAAAAUGUUCACAUUCUUCCGGUACGAAAGUUGGUGUUGGUGGUGGAUUGGGCAUUGGUCUUCUAGGUGGAGGCCUUCUCAAGGGAAUAGUUGGUGGUAUACUGAACGUAGGUUCGUCUUUAACACGUGGUUUGUUAGCAGCAGUUACCUCUCAUACAUGUUCAUCUAAGGAUUCAAAAACAAUAACAGGUUCAUUUAUUAUUAUCGAUGUUGAUUUGCCAUUAUUGAUCGCACAAAAGGAUUCUAUUGCAUUGUGUUUUACCAACCAGUUACGAUUAUCAUCGUCUUUGAAUGUUAAAGCAAUAGUUCAGGUACACGGAUUCGAACGGAUAACCAGUGGUCAUUGUCGAGUAUCAUACACAUGCUCAGGAGUCGGCCAUCAUUCUUCAGCUCUAACUUGUUUGAAAGCAGCCCCGAAUACUGAUGAGUUCAAAAACACACUUCGACAGUGUUCACGUUCUGCCGAUGAGAAAGUUGGUGCAAGUUCCGAAGUUGAUGAAACCGUUGAUGUAGAUGAUCGUGUAGAUGACAAUACUGAUGGAGAUGCACAAACUGAAGUUAGUGGUCAAUUUGACGAUGAUGACGACCAAGCCAUAGAUGAAGUUGAUCUAACAGUUGACGAUUCACUGAACCUAGAUUCGUCUUCAACAGGUAGUUCGGUAGCAGCAGUUACCUCUCAUAAAUGCUCAUCUACAGACUCAAAAACAAUCACUGGCUCAUUGAUCAUUUGCAACGCAGAUAAGAUAGCACUGACAGCACAAAAGGAUUCUAUUACAUCGUGUUUUACUAGCCAGUUACGAUUAUCAUCGUCUUUGAAUGUUAAAGCAAUAAUAGAGGUGCACGGAUUCGAACAGUUAGACAAUGGUGAUUGUCGAGUAUCAUACAAAUGCUCAGGAGUUGGUCAUCGCCCUUCAGCUCUAACUUGUUUGAAAGCAUCACCAAUAACUAAUGUGUUCAGAACCAUCCUUGGAAAAUGUUCACGUUCUUCCGGUACGAAAGUUGGUGUUGGUGGUUUAUUGAACGUAGGUUCCUCUUUAAUAGGUGGUUUGAUAGCAGCAGUUACCUCUCAUAAAUGCUCAUCAACAGAUUCAAAAACAGUCACGGGCUCACUCAUCAUUUGCAACGCAGACAAGAUAGCACUGACAGCGGAAAAGAAUUCUUUUGAAUCCUGUUUUACCAGUCAAUUAAGAUUAUCGUCGUCUUUGAAUAUUAAAGCAACAACGCAGGUGCACGGAUUCGAACAAUUAGCCAAUGGUGAUUGUCGAGUGUCGUACUCAUGCUCAGGAGUUGGUCAUCAUCCUUCAGCUCUAACUUGUCUGAAAGCAACACCAAAUACGAAUGCAUUCAAAACCAUCCUUGGAAAGUGUUCACACUCCAAAGGUGGUCACUAA